GAAGUUACCGGGAUUUAUCGAUACUUGAAAAAAUGGGUGACAGAAUAGCGUUGUCGUCUACUGUAAAGAUAAAAUACAAACACACAUCUAAAGUUGUGCCCAUAAUAGUCAACAGACUCUGCAGUUUCUCCAAACACUGUACAUGGAAUGAGGUUUUGAAUGAUUUGACAGCGGACGGCGACCAUAACAUAGACAAGUUGGACGAAGUAACUGUCACCGUGUCGGACAAACUUGCCAACGGUGUAACUUUUGAGCCACAUUUUGAAGAACAGAUACAAGUGGUUCACAACUUUGAUAAAAAAUUGAAAUAUGUACAAUUUGACGUGGUAAGAGACUUAGAACCAAAUAACAAUGUACCAAAAGGUCAAAAUCCUCCUACAUGUCCUACAGCUUUCGAUGUUUUGAUGAGAAAGUCCAGCACACUGACAAAGCUCCCUCAAAAGAUUGAUGAAGCCUCUCCCAGAUUUACAGCUAAACAAAAACUGUACAACGGGAUAGUGAACAUGUUUGUGGAAUUUGAAGACAAGUUUCCAGUUGUAAUGACGGACAAAGCCAUUAGUGACCAAGUGAUCAUGCCAUUGACCAAUGCUGUGUGGUACUUAAGUGGAAAUAUGGGGACAAUUCAGGAGCGAGCUGUACAUAUGCCAGAUGUUCAAGGAAUUCCUGCAAGGUUUCUUCAGUAUGAUGGCAUCAAUGACUUCAAGAAGAAAAAGGAGAAAAAACCUUCAUUAAAUGCAAAAGAACUUAAAUUACAUGGCCAAUGCGUAUUCAGGGUAGCCUCCAAACCAUAUGCAAACCAUUGGAAUAUCAAAGAUGAAUUGCAUCUUUUGGCAAUUUCCUUAGAUUCUUAUUCUGAGUACUUAGAUAAUGCCAAUCAAAACCAAAAAAUGCGCCAGGAAAAGAUGCAUCCUGUCCGGCAAGUAGAUACCCAUAUGUCUAUUCAGCAUGUCGAAAAAACAAACGAAGUAUUAAACAGAUAUUCCAAAUUAGAUCUUGCGCUUUCAGAGAUGGCAUUUUUUGAACCGCUGUUUUUUGAUGAAACAGCUUUUGGUCCUGAAAUUGAAAUGAAUAGUUCACAGAGAUAUAAAUUUCUAAACAGUAUUGCACUAUCUGUUGAUUUGCAUGUGCUCCAGUAUGACCCAGGUGCUGGCUUAGGGGCAUUGACCUUUUUUUGGAAAGUUCAGGAUAGUAUGUCUACAAAAGAUUUGCAUUUGACGGAUAACCAGGUUAUACACAAUCUCCGUCCUAAGUUGCCCGAAUACCAUACAAGAAAAAUGCGUCUAGAAUUUUAUUCCAUAUAUGAAAAAAUAUCGGGUGUUACAAUACCACCCCACAUACUACGGUCAAUCUAUGCUACAUUGACAGGCGAUGCCACUACCGAUCAAAACCCAGCGAUUGAUCAACGUAUGCGUACAGCUGUGAUGGCUUCAGAUCCAGAACUUAUAGUGGACCUCCGCCAUCUGAACAAGGGGCGUCCGAGUGACACUUUUGAUGUGUUUUUCUCUACAUUGGAACACGAUCUAGAGGAAUUAAAGGCAGCAGAUGAAAGGAGACACGGCAUUGAACAUAUCUCAAAAUAUCUGUCUGUAAGAGAUCUUAUCAAUCAAGUUAAGGCUAAACUUCCUGACGAUGUGCCAAUUCCUAGUGAAUCAACAGUCCUUUUGGCUUUUGUACCAAAAAAUGCUCAUGCAAAUGUCGCAAAGUUAUAUAAAGGCCGCGUACCUUUAAAAAUGAAAGUUCAAACCAGACAACUGCGUGCCAGUCAUCAGGAUGAACAUUACUGCGCUAGUAUAUUCAAAAUGUUGAGACAGUAUGCAAUAAAGUUUAGAGACAAAGUUACAUUUGUAUGUAUGGACGACAAGUCCAAGGUUGAUUUUGGAGAGCCUGGUGUCCAUAUAUCAUCAGGAGUGCGUGGAAAAAAAUCUAUUAUGCCAGUUGAUUCGGCGUUAUCCUGUCUAGAUCACGAUGUCUCUAGCAAAGGUUCCCUUACUCCAUCAGUUGCAUUAUUUGUUGACAUACCGGAGGACAUAUCAGAGUCAUUUUAUAGAGGUCAGGUUGCUUUAACGAUGAAAGACAGCACAUUUCAGCCUAGUUCUCCUUUCAGACACGCUACAGAAUUGAAAAACAUUCUUGAUCAAGUUGAUGUUAAUGACAAAAAACCUGCUCUGUUUCUUUACACAGAUGGAGGGCCUGACCAUCGUACAACUUACAACAGCGUCAAAUUAUCUUUGAUUAUUUUGUUUAAACAGCUUGGCUUAGAAUUCUUAGUCGCUUGUCGAACAGCCCCAGGACAUUCCUGGGCUAAUCCGGCAGAAAGAAUUAUGUCCUUGCUAAAUAUAGCUUUCCAGAACACGGCUUUGUCCAGGGAGGAAUCUACCUCAGACAUUGAACAAGUUAUUAGGUCAUGCAAUGGAAUGGGUGAAAUAAGACGCAAGGCGGAGAAAGUUGAUGGUCUAAAAACUAAGUGGAUCGAAUCUGUGAGGCCUAUGAUUAACCUGUUAGAAGAACGUGCAAAGCGUGUCCAACUGAAAGGGAAACCCUUUCAAAGUUUUCCGGCAGCAGAUGACAUCGAUGUAGAGAUGACGGAAGCCAGUGUAACUUUGAUUGACCCCACUAUUAGCAUUGGGAACUACCAACAGACCCAUAUGAACAAAGCUAAAAGCUUUAAGGAUUUCAUUGGAAAGCACUGUCAAGAACGCCACUAUGUGUUCCAAAUCAGGCGAUGUUCAGAUGCAGAGUGUUGUCCGCCAUCUUCUAAAGAAUGGCAAUGGUUGCCAGACCCGGUAAUGGAUAACACUGGAAAACACUAUAAAUCUCUGGAGGAAGUCUUGGGAACAAUCACCACAGAGAAAGAUAGACCCUCAUCCACAAAUCAAACAGUGGCAGCAGUUGCUCAGGAACAACAAGGUUGUGAAAACAGAAUGCUUGUUGCCCAGAAUGUGAGAUCUACAAUAAAAUGCACUGAAUGUGACAAACCUAGAUGCAUUUAUUCUAAGCUGAAGUUGAACCCUCGAGAUUUAAGAGCCUUGAAGCACACAACAGAUAAAUAUGACUACACUUGCGGGGCAAUUUUAGCACCAGAAGGGGAUGUUCUACAUGGAAAAGUUUUCACAAGACUCCAGCUUGCAUGUACCAGUCACAUUGAAUUUGCAUACUACAGCUCGGAUGUUGGCCGCAAAGACAUAUGUGCAUAUUGUGUUGCAACAGAGAUCCAAAAGGACAAGGACUUGUGCAAAAACUUUAAAGUUGUGCUGCCAGUUUGUGACUUGUGUCGUUCAAAAAAAUUGGAAGUCCCAAAGAGAAAUCCAAUUAAGAAAUAGUUAAUUCCAGUCUGACAAUCAGUUAAUUCUAGUCUGAUAUUCAUCCUCUCUAAGUCAUUCUUUUUAACAUGUUGUUUAUGAUUUUUGUUUCUACUUAUUUCUAGUCAAGAAUAAAUGUUUUUUGUUUUAAAAUUUUCA